CAGACCGGCAGACAGACGGAGGAAGAGACAGACGCACGGCCACAGGCAGGAGACAGGCUGAGUCCACCAUCAUGGCGCUGCGGGACGAACUUCUCAAGUCCAUCUGGCACGCGUUCACGGCUCUGGACGUGGACAAAAGCGGCAAAGUGUCCAAAUCUCAGCUGAAGGUGCUGUCCCACAACUUAUGCACAGUGAUGAAGAUCCCACAUGACCCCGUGGCGCUGGAGGAGCACUUCAAAGACGACGACGAGGGGCCCGUCUCCAACCAGGGAUACAUGCCGUACCUGAACAAGUUCAUCCUGGAUAAGGUGACGGAUAAGUUUGACCGUCAGGACUUCAACAAAAUGUGCUGGACGUUGUGCUCCAGGAAAAACCUGGAUCAGAGCCAGCUGUUCAUCUCCAACGACGACGCCUUCAAGAUCUGGUGCAUCUUCAACUUCCUGUCUGAGGAUAGAUACCCGCUGGUCAUCGUCACCGAGGAGAUUGAGUACUUCCUGCGUAAGCUGACGGAGGCGAUGGGGGGCAGCUGGGUGGAGGAGCGUUUCGAGGACUACAAGCUGCAGCUGAACUCCAAGCAGCAGAAUCUGAACGCCUGGGGGCUCAUCAGCCUGGUGGGGUCGGGUCACUUCAGCAAGGGCAUGGACCGCCAGACGCUCUCCAUGGGCAUCAACGAGGUCUACCUGGAGCUCAUCCUGGACGUGCUCAAACAGGGCUACAUGAUGAAGAAAGGCCACAAGAGGAAGAACUGGACCGAGCGCUGGUUCAUGCUGAAACCGAGCUCCAUUUCCUACUACGUCGGCGAGGACCUGGCCGAGCAGAAAGGAGACAUCUUACUGGACGGAAGGUGCUGCGUGGAGCCUCUGCAAGAUAAGGAGGGGAAGAAGUGUCUCUUCCUCAUCAAGUCUACGCAGAAAAGCUUUGAAAUCAGCGCGUCGGACAAGAAGAAGAAGCAGGAGUGGAUCCAGGCCAUUCAGACCUGCGUGAACCUGCUCCGUCAGGGCCGACCGGCGCCGCACCGCGAGGCUCGACAGAAGCGACGGGAGCUGCGACUGAAGCAGCAGGCUGAGCAGGAGGAGCUGGAGCUGAGGAUGAGGGAGCUGCAGACGGCCAAUGAGGCGAAACAAUUCGAACUGGAGAACAUGCGGAAGGCUCUGGAGGAGGCAGCGACUAAUGCAGCAGAAGAAGAACGAAGGCGUCUUCAGACCCAAACUGAACUCCAGGACCGCUACAGGAUGGACCUGGAGAAAGAGAAAAUGGUACGGCAGCAGAUGGAGGAGCAGGUGGCCCAGAAGUCCACUGAGCUGGAGCAGUACCUGCAGAGGGUCCGGGAGCUGGAGGACAUGUACCGUCAACUGGAGGACGCUCUGGAGGACGAGAGGCGUGCCCGACAGGACGAGGAGGCCGUCCGCAGGCUGCAGGCACGGUUACUGGAGGAGGAGGCCACAAAGAGGUCAGAGCUGGAGCAGAUCCACCUGCGGCAGCAGCGUGCCAUCUCAGAGACAGAGGCCGAGAAACAGGAGCUGGAGAAGGAGCGACUGGCCAAGGAGAGCGCCCUGCAGGCGGCCAUGACGCAGCUGGAACAGCUGGAGCAAGAGAGGCAGGGAGCGCUGGAGCAGUACCAGACAGUGAUGAAGAAGCUGGAAGAUGCAACCAACAACACCAAGUCCUGGAAGCACAAGGUGGCUGAACACGAGGGCUUGCUGCGGCUCAUUCAACCAGGUUCCAAGGGACAGACGCUGAUCACCAACUGGGGCCCAGCAGCCUUUUCUGAUGCAGAGCUCAACCUGAGGGAGAAGAAAUGGCAGAAGAUGAAGAACCAGCCAACCCAGGCCCAGUAAAGAUCCCCUGUAAGCCCUGAACCCUAAACGUCUACAACUCAGAAAACAACAGAGGGCUGCUGGGAUUUAAUGGCAUCAAAAUGUGAGAUUUACCAGGAGGGCAUUUUAUGUUACGGGGACAUUGAGCAGUCAAGGACCCUUAUCCCUUUCAUGAAUCCUUAGUGUUGCCCAGUAGGAACCAGCACUAACAGACCUGGUGAACUUAAAGUCUCUGUCAUUGUAGGCCACUACAGAUAAAGCAGCAGUACAGAGACUAAUUAUUGCAUUUUGAGAAUUAGGUUCACUAAUUCUAGCAGUGAUCCAACAAAAAUACUAGGUGAGAAGUGAUAAUGCCAGAAAAAUGAUGGAAUAACAAUAAUAGCUUUGUCUCCCUUUGUUGCUAAAUGUAUUGAUUUCUGUGUCAGUUGAUUGGUCUUGUAUAACUUGACGGCUAAAUAUAUAGAUCGAUCCAUCAGGAGGGAGCGUUCGUUCCAAAAUGGUGUACAGGAUGUAAAAGUACUUGUGAAGGGCAAAAGAGUUCAAGCAAAGUUGGGUCAUUAAUAUUGAUCUUUUACCACCACAAGUCCAGUAUAUUACAGUCAGAAUAACUUUAAAAAGUGUCUUGGCCAUUUUGUUUUUUUGUAGUUUAGCACUAGCUAACUGAAUCAGUCCUAGUCUAGCAGUACAAUAACAUAUCUGGCAACAGGGUUCAUUUUCAACUCCACCUACUUCAGACCAUUCGGGCUCCUGUAGCAACAUUGUUAGUACUUCAGAGUCAGUGGACACUGUCAAACAUGUAAGACUAAAAUCCUACCAAGUUAACAAUAUACAUUAUUUAAAUAGUUGAUUUCAUGAUGUGCAGCUUAUUCAUAGUUACAAGUGGAAAAGAGUGUGUACCGCUACCUUUUCAUUUGUCCUGACUGUCAGCAUUUAUCUAUGAAAUGCACCGCUUUUGACCAGAGUCUGUCCAACGCAAAUUGUUUAAGCGUGUUUUCAGUUCAGGCUGUUGGUUAAGUUGUAAGAUCUACCACUCUCUUUCCUGCAACUAUUUUCCUCUAAAAUUUUUGGGACCAUUUUUACAUGAAAAUAUAAGGGACUUUUGUACAUAUUUUAACAAAUGAUUACUGUUUUGUCAAAGUUUUUGUUUUCCAUACUAAAGUUAAGCUGCAUGAAGGCUCCAUCAGUAGCACCUGAGGAUGACAUGUUUAAUGUAAAGCCAAUGAUGUUUAACAAAGUCCUCCUCUAAAAAAAGCAACCUGAAUUGAAAUACCAUGUACGAUUCACUGAAUCUUUCACUGUUACCAUCAGAGUGCAUUUUUCUCCAGUUUGUCUGACUCAUGUUUAUGUCUGUCUAAAGGACUGGCUCUUAAACAUUUCCUGCUUGUAAACAUUGUCCCAGAAAUAGGGCAAGGGCAUUUUGCCAAAGUCCCAACAAGAAUGCUAACUGCAGAACAUUUGUACUGUGUUGUUGUACUGUAACCAUCAGUGCCUUUGAUACUGUCAUGAGUGAAAACUGUAAUUUCCAUCUUAUGUUUUUAUAUAUAUGUAAAAAGCUGAAGACUGAACUGUGUAGUAAAACAUAUCUUGAAUAACUGGCUACUGUAUUUUGUAAAAGUAAAGCCAGAAUUGAAAAAUUUCACAAAAUACAUACAACCAUGACCAGCCGCACUUCUGCAAACAUGUGAACCUCAGUUGUCUGAUAAUAAUGUCCAUUUGGAAAAAAAUGCAUUAACCUCCUAUGUUCACUAGAGGGCACUGGAGUGCCACAAACAUCACAUCACUACAGAAAGCAGUCAGAGAAGCACAGUAUUCUCAUGGCAAAGUACAACAGAGUCGUGGGGAGCCACACAAACUGUCAAACUGCAGUAAGUGUGUUAACUGUAGAUCAUCUGGGGACAGAGUAGUUACAGAGAAAAGGUGACUUCAUUUCCAUGACUUCACUGUCUAGACCUUCUAUUUUUCAAAAUACAGCCGAUCACUGUCUUCGCUCUCCUGUCUUGCUAUGCAUGAUACAGAACAUCAUCAGGAUCAUGUGUUGUAACUGCCAUAAUGUGUAAUUAAAUUUUCAUCCUCUUUUUUUAAUGUCCAGUUAAUGACGGAUUUAAAGUAAUUUGAGAUCUGGGGCAAGCAGGGAAGUUUAAUAAAGACAGUGAGUUAAACAUUUCUGCAGAUCGCAGACAGACACUGCAUAAACUGUUUAGACAAACCUGGGUUGGACACAAUUAAUUAUCUAACUAAACAUUUUUGCAGUUCUUCAUAAUAAAUGCAAUGUAUUCUAUGUGCCUUUUU